AUGGCUCAACACCAAAUCGGAUAUAAUUUCAAACCUGGAAAAUACAAGCUCGCAAAGGGAUAUGAUUUAAUAGCAUAUCAUCCAAAUGACAUGAACGAAUUUACUCCGAGAUAUUUGGUGUCAGAGCUAAAUGACAAUUCAACUAUCUUCAUGAAACGCGUAAAAAAUAGAGACGGAACGAAAGAACAAAGGCUUAUGAAUGCAAAUGACUUAAAUAGGGAACUUGUUGAAAACGGUCUCGGAAUAUAUGAAAUGCCAGCAGAUGAGGUACAAGAAACUCCACAGGAAGAACUAGUUCAGAUACAACCAGACAUGGAAGAAAUAGUUCAGCAACAACAGCUAGAAGAGCCUGAAGGAAACGAACAAGUCCCUCCUUUGGAAACUAACCUCACAGAACUAGAUGAAGAUUUGGAACAGCCGAAAAUUCUUGACCCUCAACAAGAGUAUGCGGAGAAUAUGGAAUAUUUCCAAGAGUCUAAAAAAAAUUCGGCUGACAUAGUAGAAGAAUAUCGAAAAAUGUUUGCCGACAUACAAAAGACUCCAACACCAGAUGAAAAUAUUCAGCAUA